UUGUUUGCUGGGGCUUUGAAUGAGUACUUCACAUGGAGAGGCACUAUAAAAACUGCAACUAAGCAGUAGUAAUGUGCAGAUCAAAUCUGAAUAAUAAUUUGCUCUUCCACUCACUCUUGUUUAAGGAGUUCUCAAGAGAAACAAAUCAUGGUAGUGAAGGUAUACGGUCCUCACUGUGCUUCCACUAAACGGGUGCUGGUUUGUCUGGUUGAGAAGGAAAUCGAGUUUGAGGUUGUCCCUGUUGAUGUAAGCAAAGGGGAACACAAGGAUCCUGAGUACCUCAAGUUACAGCCCUUUGGAGUUGUUCCUGUCAUUAAAGAUGGAGACUAUACCUUAUAUGAAUCUCGUGCUAUAAUGAGGUAUUAUGCAGAAAAAUACAGGUCUCAAGGAGUUGAGUUGCUGGGGAAUACAAUAGAAGAGAGGGGUCUUGUGGAACAGUGGCUAGAAGUUGAAGCACACAACUUCCACCCACCAGCCUACGACUUGUGUAUUCAUGUUUUGUUUGGUCCAAUGUUUGGUGUGACUUCAGAUCCAAAGGUGAUUGAGGAGAGUGAGGCAAAGCUGGUGCAGGUGUUGAACAUCUAUGAGGAGAGGCUCUCAAAGAGUAAGUAUUUGGCUGGGGAUUUCUUCAGCCUUGCUGACAUUAGCCACAUUCCAUUUCUUGAUUAUAUUGUGAACAAUAUGGGGAAAGGGUAUUUAGUAAAGGAGAGGAAGAAUGUGAGUGCUUGGUGGGAUGACAUAAGCAAUAGACCAUCAUGGAAGAAGGUUCUCCAGUCGUACAGAGCUCCAAUCUAGUUACUGAAUGACUUGAACUUCAGAGAAACUGCUACUAGUAUCAACUUUGAAUAAUUUCAGUGAAGAAUAAAUGUGCUUCAAGGAAUAUGUUCAACCUGAUGGAAUGUGUUGAAUUUGUUCCUUCUGUCCUUUCAUGUUCAGUUGUGUUUCAAGGAAUAUGCUCAAACUGAUGGAAUGUGUUGAAUUUGUACCUUCUGUCCUUUCAUGUUCAGUUGUGUUUGAUUUGGGUUUUACUAAUGGUCAUGCUUUUUGCUCAUGUAUUGUGUUUACCCUGUUCUGAAAUGACUUAAUAAAUUAUAUAGGAACCAAUGUUUGUCUGCAAAA